CCAGCGCCCUCUCCGUUUGAGCAAGUUUGCACCCUAGCACAUCCUCUCGCCUGUUUCGCUGCGGGCCAUAGUGCGGGUAGCGGAGUGGAAGUGCGUCCUCCUCCUCCUCCUCCUUCUUCGGAGAAGUCCGGUCCGCUCGUGUUGUAAAGCUGCCUUCCCUGCCGACUCUGCACCGCAGACAUGGCAUCUCUCCUCCAAAUGUUUGCUGUCAUGCUCGUAACAGCUUUGCUGCAAACUGCGACGGCGGCCAACCUUAACGAUACAAUUUUUGCAGUGACUGUGAGCUCCCAGGUGACAGGGGGGAAAGAAGAGACCUUGUGUGCCCAGAUCCACGACCCCACCGAGCCUGUCUCUCUUACCAUCACCCUCAGUGUGAACUCUGCCGACACAAUCAUCUUCCAGGAGGAUGUCAAACAGACAUUCUACCGCUGCUUGAACUUCCAGGUCCCCACAGUGAAGAGCAAAACUGUGGCAACCGUUCAGGUUACGAUUCGGGGGGAGAACGACUCGAUGAGCCAGAAGACUAAAGUCCUCAUUGAGCCUCCUGCUUUUAUCCAUAUUGUCCAGACUGAUAAGCCCAUCUACAAACCUGGACAGACCGUCCGCUUCCGGAUCGUCUCCAUGGAUUCAGAUUUCAUCCCCGUUGGUCGAGUGUACAGAGAAGUGGCAAUCGAGGAUCCCAGCUCAAAUCGCAUCGCCCAGUGGCUGGAUAAGCCCAUUGAGAGGGGUAUCCUCGACCUUUCGCAUCCCACCAUUCCUGAGGCAGCACAAGGGCGCUACAAGAUCACCGCCCUGACAGACAAAGGAGAAGAAAUAUCCCACUCGUUCGACAUCAAGGAAUACGUUUUACCAAAGUAUGAAGUAAAGGUUCACCUGCCCAGCGUGAUAACCAUCCUGGAUACGGAGGCAACACUUAGGGUUUGUGGAAAAUACACCUAUGGGAAACCAGUUAUUGGAUCAGUAAAGGCAGUGGUUUGUAGAAAUGCCAUCGUGCAUUACUGGCAUUCCCCUCCUAGAAGAGACAUCUGCAAGAAUUAUGAACUGACUACGGAUAAAAGUGGAUGUGCUACGCAAACUGUGAACGUAACGGAGUUUGCCCCGGACAGGACCUGGUACUCUGACAAUUUUCGGGUGACCGCUGAAUUGGAGGAGUAUGGCACGGGAGUUAUUCUGAAAGGCAGCGGGCAGGCCAGCUUCAGCAGUCAGAUCAGAACCAUCACCUUUGAGGAUGUCCCUGAAGCCUACAAGCCUGGCAUCCCGUUCGAGGGCAAGAUUAAAAUGGUCGGACCAGACAAAACACCCGUUGCAAAUGAAAUGGUGUACCUGGUUGCCGGGGAGUCACAAAAACUGAACCUCACCACAGACCACAAAGGCAUGGCGUUGUUUUCUCUGGACACCUCCCUGUGGAAGAGCACCGUGACUCUGGAGGCACGAUCCAAAGAUCACAAGAACAACGAGCCGUAUGAGCCUAAUUUGCAGAGACCUGAAUACAGGUCAGCUCACCACCACGUAUCAGAAUUUUAUUCCAAGAGCAGUAGUUUUCUGAAGUUCCUGCAAGUCAGUGGGAAGCUCCCCUGUGGCAAAGAUACAACCGUACGUGCUCAGUACGUCAUCCAGGGGGAGGAGCUGAAAAAGGGACAGGAGGUCCUGGAAUUCUUUUACCUGGUGCUGUCCAAAGGUGCAAUUGUGCAACAUGGCCGCGUCCCAGUGGCUAUCACAGCAGGAACUGUCAACAGAGGAGAAUUGUCUGUACCACUCAGUCUAGGGCACCAGCUGGCACCAUUUGCCCAAGUGGUAGUUUACACCGUGAUGCCUAGUGGAGAAGCUGUGGCCGACAGCAAGGACUUCCCCAUUCAGCUCUGUCUCAAAAACAAGGUGUCUCUGAAGUUCUCCACUCUCCAGGAGCUUCCAGCAGAGACGGCCAGUCUGAGUCUCCAGGCUCACCCAGGCUCCAUAUGCUCCAUCAGAGCCAUCGACCAGAGUGUCCUCCUGCUGCAGACAGAACAGAAACUCACCGUUGAUUAUGUGUAUAGCCAGCUGCCUGUACAGAAGCUAUCGGGAUACAGUUAUGAUGUUGACGACAUGGAGCCAUAUCCCUGCCUCCCCGAACCGGUACCAGAUGUGGCCAAUCUUCAGGCUGCUCGUCGAGCAAAGCGUUCAUACUUCUAUGAGCCGCCCAAUGAGAAGAAUGAUGUCUACAGCAUCUUUAAAGAAAUUGGAAUCAAAAUGGUGACAAACUCUGACAUAAAAAAACCUGUUGACUGCCUCAGAAGGAGUGUUGACUAUUUCCUCUAUGAUGAAGAUUAUGCAGUCGGUUUGGCCAUGGAAGAAUCUGCGUUCGAGCCCCAGGCUGAGUUCCUGACCGAUACCAAGACCAAGACCGAGACCAAGACCGAGACCAAGACCAAGACUGUUAGAAUAUACUUCCCUGAGACCUGGAUAUGGGAACUGGUUUUUGUUAGUGAAAGUGGCUUGGUGAACAUUAACAAGACGGUUCCAGACACUAUAACUAAGUGGUCCGCCGGAGCGUUCUGCGUCUCCCCCGUGGGCUUCGGUGUGUCGCCCAGCGCUGGACUCACCGUCUUUCAGCCGUUCUUCGUCAGUCUCACGUUGCCCUACUCUGUCAUCCGAGGGGAGGUGUUUACACUCAAAGCUACCGUCUUCAAUUAUCUCUCUAAAUGCAUUAUGGUGGAGGUGACACUGGCUGAGUCAGACCAGUACACCUAUAGAAACUGUGAUGGCUGCCUCUACCGUAUAUGUCUGUGUGGGGAAGAGAGCAGGACCUUCUCGUGGAUUGUAACUCCAACCGCCCUGGGUAAGGUGAAUCUGAAGGUCAGCGCUGAGGCCCUGAAGACUGAGGCACUGUGCGGCAACGAGGUGACCACCGUCCCCGACGUGGGUCAGGUCGACACAGUCAUCCGCUCCCUGCUGGUGGAGGCUGAAGGAACACCCCAGAUGGUCAGUCACAACGCUCUCCUCUGUCCAUCAGAUGGACCCGUUGAGCAGAAAAUCUCUCUUCUGAUGCCUGAGAUGUUUGUGGCCGGAUCAGCCAGAGCAUCCGUUUCUGUAUUGGGGGAUCUGAUGGGUCGCGCUAUGAAGAACCUGGACCAGCUCCUGGCCAUGCCGUACGGUUGCGGGGAGCAGAACAUGGUGCUGUUUGCUCCCAACAUCUUCAUCCUCAAUUACCUGAAAAGCACCCGUCAGCUCACUGAGAGUAUUCUGGAAAAGGCAACACGCUUCCUGGAGAGCGGUUAUCAGAGGGAGCUCAAGUACAAGCACAGUGACGGUUCCUACAGCGCCUUCGGUGAGAGCGACGACUCCGGAAACACCUGGUUAACCUCUUUUGUGAUGAAGUCCUUCGGCGGAGCGAGACCUUUCAUCUUUGUGAAGCCCGACCACAUUGAAGACGCCAGAAAGUGGCUGUUGAAGCACCAGCAGAAGGACGGCUGCAUCAGAUCAGUCGGACGCCUCCUCCACAAUGGCAUGAAGGGAGGAGUGAGUGAUGAGGUGUCCCUGACGGCCUACAUCACCGCCGCCCUCUUGGAGCUGGACCCCAACACCGCAAGCCCGUUGGUACAAGGGUGCCUGAGCUGUCUGAAGACAGCAGCUUCUGGGACUCUGGACAACCUGUACACCACCGCCCUGCUCUCCUACACCUUCACUCUGGCUGGAGACGAGGACAUGAGGAGCAAACUCAUCACCCUCCUGCACCAGAAGUCCAAAGCAGAGGGAGGCACUCGUCACUGGGAGAGAGCAGGGGCUUCUGGGAAAGGUCUAGACUCUCUGGAGGUGGAGAUAACUGCCUACGUGCUGCUGGCUCUGCUCUCUGGUCCCCCCAUGCCAGACUUUGGUUUGGGCUACUCUGCUGGCAUUGUUCGCUGGCUCACUCAUCAGCAGAAUCCAUACGGUGGCUUCUCUUCCACACAGGACACGGUGGUGGCCCUCCAGGCACUGGCCAAGUAUGGCACUGCCACCUACAGCCCGGAGGGCAGCACUACGGUAACGGUGACGUCCCUGGGAGGCCUGGAAAAAGAGUUCACGGUGAAUCAGGAAAACAGGCUGCUGUACCAGGAGGAGAAGCUCAGUGAGAUUCCUGGAGAGUACACCAUCAAAGCCCAGGGAGAGAGCUGUGUGCUGGCACAGAUCUCCAUGCACUACAACAUCCCCCCUCCUGCUGACUUCUCAGCCUUCAACAUCUCCACUAUCACCAUGUCUAAAUGUAACAUCAGCAGGCCUCAACUCAUCCUCUUUGUGAAAGUCAGGUAUCAGGGGAGGAGGGAGGAAACAAACAUGGUCAUCAUCAACAUCAAACUGCUGUCUGGAUACAUUCUGGACAAGAGCUCCCUCGAACUGCUGCAGAGCGACCGCUCCGUGAAGCGCGUGGACGUAGACGAAGGAUUCAUCAACAUCUACUUAGACGGGCUGAAGAAGGAUGAGACGCAGCUAUACAGCGUGACACUAGAGGAGGACCAUUCCGUCAGGAACCUGAAACCAGCCGUGGUUAAAGUCUACGAUUACUACCAGACAAGCGACGAGGCGGUCACUGAAUACACGUCCACCUGUGCAGAGAGUGACACCUUGAACCAGCUGUAAAAUCCUCUUCCUGCAGCCUCUCCCACGGGAAGAUUCAGUGUCGAAGAAAAAGACCUAGGUGUUUAUUUUGUCUUAAGACUACUUCUUUAUUUUUUUUAGUUGCGCUUUAAUUAAUUUCAAUUAAUUGAUUAAUUUUUAAUUCCUCUUUGUGUAAUUUUUAGAAACGCAAUUGGUUUCGCUUGAUUGUUUUUAUCCUACCUUCUGUUCAGUUGCUCGCAUCCCUCAGAUUUUAUGAGCGCGUUAAACAAACCAAUCAUCGGUCAGCUCGGUGAUCCGCGUAGAGCCACGGUAUCUCCUCAACACUGGAACCUUCGCAUUGUAACACACAGAGUUCACGGAGAGCAGCUCUGUGGUAGCUGUUUUUAAUAGACAAAGUCCAUAUUAUUCAUACAUGAAAGUGACGAAUGAGACAUACAGGGUACCAGUUACACAGUAUGGUCCGAGUACUGAAUGUGUGUGUGUGUGUGUGUGUAUGUGUGUGACACAGGAUCUACUUUCUAUUAAAAAAAAAAACAACAAAGUACAGUCUCAUGAGUGCUAGGUGAGUUAUACUUGGUGUGUGUGUGUGUGUGUGUGUGUGUGUGUGUGUGUGUGUGUGUGUGUGUGUGUGUGCGUGUCUGUUUGCAGACGUGUGUUCUGCUGUACCAGUUUUUAAAAAAAAAGGUAGAUUUAUACAUCACUACCAUACAAUUUGAAAUGUAACUGACUGACAAUAAAAUUUCAAAAAUAAGUAAAAA